AUGGAAACCGACGCAAGCAGUAACGCCACGGAUGAACCCGCGCAAAGCGCGGACUUAUUCGAAGAUGAAGGCGGCAUCGUUGAAAGCAGCAGUGUGGAAGGCGGUAACGUGGAACGUGGUAAUAGUGAACAUGGCAACGUCGAACGCAGCAACGUCGAGAGCUCCCAAAUGAAGAUGAAGGCUGCGAAGAGGAUGCCGUCCAAGAACAAGAAGAAGAAGAAGAGAGAAAUAAAGGACGCUGACUCGGAUGAAGAGCAGAACGCUCUGGAGGUGGGAAAAAAACGCAAGAGAAAAGCGAAUUCGAAGGCAGACCAACAACUGGAUGGGGACCUGGAUGAAAAAGAUGAAAAGUACCUAAACCAGGAGGACCCAGAAGGACACUCCUCGAAUGAGAAUAACCCAAACAAGAAGAAAAGGAAAUCAAAACUGAAGAAAAAAGGCGACGAAGAAGAAAUUAAUGAAAGGAAUGCCGAUUCUGCAGAGGACGAGUUUAACACGAAAGACAAUAUCUUUGGGGACGAAAACUCUUCUGAUGAGAGCCAGAGCAGCGGGGCGGCUCGCAAUGAUCAGGUUAGUGAUGGUGGUGAAGACAGCGCAAGUGGCGACGAUCACGACGAUGAUGAUGAAGAGGAUGAGGACGACGACGGCGAUACCAACAAAAACAUCGAAAGGAAAAAAAAAAAAAAAAAGAAAAAGAAAAAGCUGCGCCCCAGCAAGGAUAAAAGGACGGACGAAGACGGCAAAAGGAAAAAAGUCAAGUCAGCCUCGAAGAAGAGCAAAUUCAUAGAUAGCGUCGCGGAGGAAGGGGAGGAAGAGAGCGAAGACGACAGUGAGGAGUACGAAGAGGAAGACCUAAUCAUCGACGACAAUGACCAAGGGGAAAAAAAAAAAAAAAAAAAAAAUGCCCAGAGCAAUGGGAAGUUUUCCACUCUGAGUCUACUGGACGAUGAAGGAGAUUACGAAGACAUAAACGAUUCGGGUAAAUCUGAAAAAAAAAAAAAAUCCCAUUUUGAUGAAAUACUAGAAAAUUUAAAGAUGAAAAGAAAAAGAGUGCAUAAGAUUUCCGAAGAGGACGGUCUACAAUAUUGUGAAAAUGUUUUAAACCAAAUGAUUUUAAUGCAUGAACAAGAUGUAAAAAAUAUAAAAGAAAAAAAACCAGCAACAGCAAAGUUACAAAUAAUUGAUCAAGUGUGUAUGAUUCUAACCAAACCAAAAUGGAAACCUUUUUUUAUGAAAUUAAAUAUUUACCACGUCUUAGCAUUAUGGCUAAUGCCACUCUCGAAAAACGCACUUCCAAAUUUUACCAUACGAACGAAUUUAUUAAAGGUGAUACAACAGCUCCCCAUUACUAUUAAAUCCUUGAGGGGCAGCCAGCUAGGAAAAAUAAUGACCUACUUACACACACAUAAGGACGAAACUGAUGAGAACAAAAAACUGAUCAGGACCAUUAUGCAAAAUUGGAUGGGACCCAUCAUAGGCAUUAACACAAACUAUAAGCAAUUUUUAAAAGAAAGACAAAAACGAAUUUUAGAAAAUCCUGAAUAUCACAAAAAGGUACUCGAAAAAGCAAAAACUUUAAUUCCCGAUUCAAUUAGCAUUGAGAAGGAGGAAGAGCAAAAUGAAUUGAAGAGACAUGCUACCAUACCUUUCAACAGUGAAUGUUCCUUUUUGAUUAACGUGCCCUCCUCCGUGCCCAGCACUAGCAAGAAAAUUAUGCCCAAAAGUAAAAUUAAAAGGCUUACCGAUAAUAUGAAAAUGUUGAAGAGGGCUCGAAAGUCGCAGAAGGUUUCCAUUGAGGGCAAGGGCGUUGCCAUGUAG